AUGCUAAAGCUAAUAAUUACUAUCACCAUUUUGUUAGGAUAUUUUGAGAUAAGUUCGAAAACUCAGGUUAAUGGAAGUAUUGUCAAGAUGUCGAAGGGUGAUAAAAAUAUUAAGAGCGAAUUCACUUGUGAAAUGUGUAUAUCAUUUGCCAAUGUAACGCUGAGCAUUUUUCAAGAAGAAUUUAUUUGGAAAACGUAUUUUCUUCUAUUCUAUCCAAGUUGUUACCUGAUACCUUUUCAAAAUUACCGUGAGGUGUGUGAGCAACUGUUAUCUGGUGAGCUAGCUAAACUAGUCGCGAUCCAUUUCAAUGAAAUCAGUGCGCCAACAUUUUGCUAUGAAAUUUCACUCUGUGAAAGUUCGGCCCAACCUCAAAUAAACCAUAAGCAUCUUUAUCUAACAGGAAAGAGUGAAUUCUGA